AUGACUGCACCCGGCUCAUAUCCCACCCGCUCCAAACAGCCGUCACUCACACCGGCCCUCGACGAUGCAUGGGUCUCGGAAAACGAAUCAGAGCUCUCGGUACCGGUCAGCACUCCUUCAAGACCAAGAACUCCUCGGCGGAGGGCUGUCAAGUCGACUCCUACUCGCCAACAGCCUAUUCAGACGAGAUCGCCCGUCAAGAAGGGGUCUAUGUCGAGCAAUGUUGUCAGACCGAGGAACAAAUUGGACGACGUGCAGCGACCUCGCUCUCCCACAAUCCCCUCGCCAAGUUCCCCCCCUAUUCAAACGCCACCCGCCCCAGACCUUUUAUCAUCCCUCCCCUCUCUCGAAUCAACACUACGCUACGUAUUCGCGCCAAUACGCAUCCUCAUGGUACCAAUCAACAUGGCAGCCUCGCCCUUUAUUGCACAUUUCGUCAAUGCCCUCAUCCUCGCGGCCUUGGCGUGGACGGCGUGGGUGUUGGUCGUGCCCCUCUUGCCGGGGCUUUUGUGGAGGCUUUUGAGGGGUGUGAUGGGGGGUGUGAUGGGAUUGGGGAGCGAUGGAGAGCUGGGGAUAUCAGGAGAGCUUGUCAGGCUACCUUUGGCGACGCUAGCUACUCCGACAUGCGCCCUCACCGGUCUAUUCUGCCGUCAUUCACUCUUCACUAUUUCAUCCCCCCACUCCUCGUCCUCUACCGACUCUCAGUCAUCUCGCCAGCUAUCCACACAACAAGCUCGACCAUUCUGGCUAUGGUUCUCUUCGACAACACCGAAAGAUGAGGUUGAUGUAGGGGAAGCAGCGAGGGUGUUGACAAAAGAGGUACAGAGGGCGAGAGAUAUCUUUGAUAGCGUGAGACUGGUGGGGGAAGAGAGCGUGGCGCCUAUGGAGUAUGUAAAUAGAGUAUGGGAGCUAGGCUCGGCGUUGAUGGUGCGAGGGAGAGUAGAUGCGCAGAGUCACAAACUAGGGACUAUGGUCAUUGAACUCGGAGAUGAUUGCCGAGAUCUGGUAGAUGAAAUCAGUUACAUCGACUCGAAAAGUGUCAACGACUUUGGAUGGAUUCAGUGGGAGUUUGAACGACUUGUCCACCUCCUCUCCUCACCAACUGUAUCCCCCUCUCCCACCGUACUCGGCGCCAAAGUCCACUCUCUCCUCCUCUCCCUAUCUUCCACCCUCGACGACCUCCACUCCCUCACAUCCAAAGCCGCCCAACACGCCAACAUCGCUUCCACAAAAGGAAGAAAGAUUGGGACGGAGAUGAAGACGAUCGAGGGGGCUUUGAGAGUUGAGGAAGGGCGGGAACCGGGGUGGAAGAGGUAUAAGGAUAAGGGGCAAAAGUUCUUUCUUGGGGGCGAGCCGACUAGGGGGGAGAUACUCGCGAGGGAUAUCAGUCUCACGACGCAGACGAUUGUGACAACGGAGAAUCUUGUGAGAAACUUGGAAGCGACGAGGUCGGUGAUCAGGUCGUUUAGGGAUCAGAUUGGGAUGUUUGAUGC